AUGCUUCCUCAGUUCGGAGAAUACUUUACCUUCACACUGGAUCCGGUGGCCUCCCUGAAAUCACUGAAUGACGACGAGGUAAACGAAGCAUGCAAAGCUUUGGGCACUGGCAAAACAUAUGUUGCCUCGGUCAUCAAUCUCCUCUCCUUCCCCGUUCCCGGUGCUGAAUAUGUGUCUGUGGCUCUGACGCUGGUGUCAAAGGGUCUUCCAGAAGCUUUGCCAGAUUCCUUUAUAACGCCUGAUAUGUCGGUAGCCAUUCUACCAAACACGUCUAACCCGCUGUCUCGACCCCCGCUGGAGCCUUCUGUCCCUCUGCCUUGGUCUGACUGCUACCAUCCCACACAGUCCAUGAUGACGUGCCGAGUCAAAAACAACAUCACCCUUGGGCAACCGUGGCCCACUCCUAAAUACUGCAUCGACGGUCACGCACAGAACCUCCUUGGUGGGACAUACUUCUACGAGGAUGCUGAGCGGAGGGAGGUCUUGAGGAAAGCUCGAGAGCAACCAUCCACCAGCAGCCAGUCAGAAGAACAUGAAGCAUCUUCAGUUAUCUCACCUCUUCCCGAGUCUGAACCGGACGCCCACAGCGACUACGAACCUUCGCUUAAGGACCCUGAAGACGAAGACGAUACGCCAACCUUUGACGUGCAAAGCCAGUGUUCCGAUUCACCCAGCAUGGCGAGCGAGGUUUCCGAACCGCAGGAGCCUGGUCACAAGCGACGUUUUUCUUUCAAGUCAUUCUUCCGUAGACUAUUUCGCAAAAUUUUGCCUUGUGUUCCAUGCUUGCGGGGAAGUUCCUGCGAUGACGACAGCUCCUCAAUGUCACCAUCCUUCGACCCAUAUGCAGUCAUUGCCAGGCUAUUCGGUCCUCCACUCGAGGAUACGAUGCCGGUGAUAGUCGUGUCAAAAGACUUGAAGUCAGUACAGGAGAUCAACAAUCCUUGGGACUUUUUUCGUGAAUUGGCCCCCCUCAAAAGAAUUGAGGAGCAAUAUCAUGAGCGCGUCAAAGUGAAAACUCAAGCUGCUAUUGAACGUGCGUGCCAAAAGAAUGAGCAACUAAAUCAACUUCAAGAAAGAAUGCUUCAACACAAGUCUCCACCUGAAGAGACGGUAGAGACCUCUGUUUCUCCUGCUACAACAGGCGCGUACUUCAAAUAUUAGCUCAUUGUUUUUACUUUUUAGCAACCUCAAAAUCAAGACUCAGUGACCACUGACAAGUGCAUAAGAAUGUUUAAUGUUGUUGAUGAUUAAAAAUAUCGUGGAAUCGGUCGAGGGUUCAGACUCGACACUCGGAUCCUGAAUUUUGAAAGUUAGUUCGGACUCGUCGCUCGGGCCUCGUUAUUAAAUAAACAAGCCGAUCAUAAAAAAUACUGUUCUGCCUUGUGCGGAUGUGCACUUACUCCGAUAAAACUCUCAACUGGUACGCUUCGUACUGAUAACUUAGGUCUUCAGACCUGUAUAUUUAUGGUACCUCUCCUUUCUGCCACCGUUGUCCAACCCGCAG